CGGCGGUCCGCCGGUCCGCCGGUCCGCCCAACUUGUCUCUUUCGCAUCUCCAUGUGAAGCGGGCCAUGGAAAUGGAGGCUGAGUUGCUGAAUCCGGAUGCCAUUUCUGACACGCUGAAAUGCCCGGUGUGCUUCGAAGUCUUUGCGGACCCCGUCUUUUGCGGCGGCCGGCCCUGCCAGCACGUCUUUUGCCGCUGCUGCGUAGAGCAAUGCCUCGUGGCCGAGUCAGAUCCCGACGAUCGCUCCGAGCGUUCAGGGCACUGCCCCACCUGCCGGGCGGAGAUUUGUGUCCGGGACCUGCACCCUCACCAGGCGCUGCGCAGUCUACUUGAUGAGUUGCCAGUACGGUGUCGUCGAGGAUGUGGCUGGACAGGCCGCCGCGAUGCCCUAAGAGCGCACGAAUCCCCUGGGCCGAGCCAAUGUGUUUUUCUGCGCCUGGAAGCUGCGCAGGCGAAGAUCGCCUACCUCAGCGAGGCUGGGCACCACCUGGAGAACCGGGAUGCACGGAUCGCCCAGCUGGAGGUGCGCGUGGCAGAGCAGGACCAGCAGGUGGUCGACUUUGGGCGGCAGCUGCUGGCCCGAGAGGUCCGAAUAGCAGAGCUGGAGAGGCACUUGGAGAAGCAGGAGCGCGAACUUACGCAGAAAGACGUGGAGUUGGCUCUCUUGCGCGCACGCGGGAUUCGGGCAGAGGAUGAGAAGGCCAGUCCCGAGCUUUGGCUGUAAGCCGGGCCCGUGGAGUCGAUGGUGUCAGCUCGGCAAGCGACUGCACCGGGAGUGUUCUUGCGGCUCGCGGCCCAAACCAUGUGCCGCCAUGUGCUCUUUCCGCGUGUCAAUCACUUGGCAUGCACAACUCGCUCACAG